AUGGAACCAAAUUCUAAAUCAGUCAUUGACUGUACUACGUACCAGCUGCUGCAGCAGUCGGUAGAUCACAAACCUCAAAAUCUCUAUGCAGGGCCCGGCGAUCAGUUCAAAGACGCAGGGGUGGCCACCGAGUUCAGGAACUUCGAAAGAAAGGACUUGAUACCUAGAUCUCCAAUCAAAGUGGCUGUGGUAUAUCCAACUACCAAAGUACAGAAGACUGUACCACUUCAAAAAGCAAUAGAAUCUUAUCGAGAACAGCAUCUUCGCAAACAGAAAGACGCGAUCGAUAUCAAGAAGUUCUACGUACAAGUCAAAGAUACCGGCGUUGGAGAACAGCCGUUGCACCCAAACGGUCUUGUUGGCGCACUCAACCGGAUCUACUACAUCCAGGACGUUUUACUAAAGAAUCGAACCCUGGAACAAGUAGAUUUCGAUCUACCGGUUGUUCAAAACUUUGAUCGCAUCAUCAUACCUUCCUUGGAGAGCGACAUCUUCUUCGAAAACGAGGUAGGAUAUGACAAGCCCAAUCUCAUAUUUUACGAGUGCUUUACUCGAGAACUUGUUGCCGGUAUGGGAACAGGGCCCGGUAUUCAAAAGGACAUUUUCCAACUUUCACAGGAAUUGGGGCGUGUGUUAUUCAAUAAUGAUCAAGCUGUAACCUACGGCAAGACGUUACAGGCUUUGUUCCCGGAGAGAAACAUUAACCAUGCGGAUUGGCAUGGGGUUGUGUAUCAUCCUCAGCCAAGCGGAAAGCAAGGAGACCGAGCUUACUUUAUAGAAGAGCUCUGUGAAGCUAUGGGCAAGCAUCUGAAUAUUUUUUUCGACAAGGUCUUCAGUCCAUAUAAGAAGACGAUGUGA